UAGGUAGAGGUUGGCAAGAUCUGUGAAAGAAAAAUCGGGGGAGAAGUUUAGUGCAGCUGCUGCAACAGUGGGUGUUGUGUGACUUGAGUCGCUGUGUGUAUGUGAUGAAUGCUAGUCAUACAGCGGAAAAUCAUAACACUGAACUAGUGAAAAAUGUGCAGCAUGAUUCUUUGCGAGAAGAGUCAUUGAGGGAAGCAUCCUGUAUAGGUGACAUAGAAACAGUAGAUCUGCUUCUGAGUAAUGGCACCCUAGAUGUUAACGCACGACAUAAAAUCAACGGCUGGACAGCAUUGCAUUGGGCUGCCAAAAGAGGUCACAAAGAUAUAGUACUUCUGUUGCUCGCAAAUGGAGCUGACAAGAACAUUUUGACAAACAAGGGCGAACUACCUGCAGCUUUAUGUAGUAGCGCAGAAAUUCGUAAACUAUUGGAAACGCCGUCUAAUACUGAUGCCCAAGAUUCCACCCAACAGCUACCAAUAGUACCCAAUUAUCUGAAGAACCCAACGCUUAUCACCAUGAAUUCAAGGAAGCCUCCUGCUGCAGACUCCGGGCUUUCAAAUUCGAGUGUGCCAGUGCAUGCAGCUGUUUCAAAGUCUGCCCAGCAUAGUGGUGCAAUCUGUGAUGAAUUGGUGCUCAAAGCCCGUGUUGCAAAUAGUGGUGAACUGGAUUUCAUAGAAAUUGAGCUGCCACACAGUGAGCUAACAUACAACAAACUUUUACGUGUGUGCUGUGAUGAAUUGGGUGUGAAUGCUACCCAAGUGUUGAGGUUACGUAAGCUUCCAGACACAGUUCUCCGUAAGGAUAAAGACAUACGGAGAUUGAAAGACUUUCAAGAAAUAGAAGUUGUAGUUGCACCACCACCAGGAAGAAAGCUAGUUCCAGGUAGCAAUGGUUUUAUUAAUGUGCCAGCAGCACUCGGCACAAACAUAAAUGGUUACCAAUCCAUUUCUCUUCAUAAGAAUCAGACCAUUCUCUAUUGAACCUUAUUUAAUAUUUUAUUCUGUACUGGGUUUCUUAACAGAUUGUAAGGGCUAGAAAUUCAUUUGAUUGAAAUAUUUCCUUAAUCUGCUUGCCAAAUAUAUUUGUGGGCCUAACAUGUAGCACUUCUGGUUUUAUUGUGUAUGUGUUUUCAUCAUGUAGUCUCCAACAGUUCAUUUUGUGUCUGUAAAGUAAGGUGAAUAAGAAGAUGAGGAGAAAAAUAAUAGUGACAGUAACACGAAUAUAUUGUGAUUUGUAAUAUUUACUAAAUAUCAGUGGUUUUAAAUGUUGUAAGAAAUAGAUGUAGAAAGCUUGAAUUACAUUUAUUCUUACAUAAA